GAUCAACCGUGAACCCGUUCCACUGGGACCUGACUCUGCGCUGCCGCUGAUCCAGGAUCAGUUAACACCACAGUUCUCAGUCCUUAAACCGUUGGGGACUGGGUGGGGUAUCCGGAAGUGAGCCGAAAAAAAGGAAAAGUUCAGGCAACUGAGCAAAUUGGGUGAAGAAAAAGCAAGGGGAGGGAAGAAAGACUUCAUGACAUUAAAAACCCAUUCAUUAAUUCGAAUGAGAAACCGUACGCCUGCUUGAACAUCAAAACGCUUAACACCUCUUUGCUCGCGCUAAAUUCAGCCUCACAACAUCCUGGCCGAGAUUAUACAUCUCGUUCCUGAUUUUCUUUUUACAAACAUUAUUAUUUCUAUCUAAUAGAAAUCAAGGAAGCCUCGGUCCAAUCAAAGAGACGAGCGCGUGAAACAUCUGAUCCUCGCGUUACUUCACUCGCUCUGUGUUUGACUUGUUGGCGGGGCGUUGGUGCCUUCCUUGGGCUGUUUUUUUUCUCUCUCCUUGUCUUCGCGGCUCGGUCCACUACACUGCUCGAGAGGAAUCUGAUUUAUCUGUCCACACUACUCCUAAAGUAACACAUUACAAUGGCCGGAUCCAACAGCAUCGAUGCAGUGAAGAGAAAGAUCAAAGUUUUACAACAGCAGGCAGAUGAGGCAGAAGAAAGGGCCGAGAUUCUGCAGAGACAGGUCGAAGAAGAGAAGCGUGCCAGGGAGCAGGCUGAGGCAGAGGUGGCCUCUCUGAACAGGCGUAUCCAGCUCGUUGAGGAAGAGUUGGAUCGUGCUCAGGAGAGACUGGCCACAGCCCUGCAGAAGCUGGAGGAAGCGGAGAAGGCCGCAGAUGAGAGCGAGAGAGGGAUGAAGGUGAUUGAGAACAGGGCUCUGAAGGAUGAGGAGAAGAUGGAGCUCCAGGAGAUCCAACUCAAGGAGGCCAAGCACAUUGCUGAGGAGGCCGACCGCAAAUAUGAGGAGGUGGCACGUAAGCUGGUGAUCGUUGAGGGAGAGUUGGAGCGUACAGAGGAGAGAGCAGAGCUUGCUGAGAGCAAAUGCGCUGAGCUGGAGGAGGAGCUGAAAAAUGUCACCAACAAUCUUAAGAGUUUGGAGGCCCAGGCUGAGAAGUAUUCCCAGAAGGAAGACAAGUAUGAGGAAGAAAUCAAGAUCCUCACUGAUAAGCUGAAGGAGGCUGAGACCCGUGCUGAGUUUGCCGAGAGGUCUGUGGCCAAACUGGAGAAAACCAUUGAUGAUUUGGAAGAUGAGCUUUACGCUCAGAAACUCAAGUAUAAGGCCAUUAGUGAGGAGCUGGAUCAUGCCCUCAACGACAUGACAUCUAUAUAAAGGGUUUCUGGACUGUUCCGCAGCUGACUGUGACUUCAAGAAAUUCUUCUUCUUCCUCUUCUCUGACUGUCCGUAUUUGUUGCUUACCACUUCUCUGGUCUCCUGUGUACACUUGUUUUCAUGUGUUUUUCUAUGCGCUCGUGUCUGUAGUUUCAGAUUCUCUAUUUAAGCCCCGUUCUGUUUCUGAAUUCCUGUUCUUUAGGUAUUCAUUUUCUGCCUCCGACAUCUUCCUCUUAUGUCUGUUCUCAUCUGAUCUCUUAUCUACUCUAUUCUCUAUUCUAUUUAGAGACUUGUUGUUUGUCUCUCUCUCUUGUGACCUUUGCUGUAUUUUUCAUGCCUUGUUGUGUCCAUGUUUAUUGAAGGAAGGAAAAAAAAGCUCUGCUCUUUUUUUGAAUGUCUGCUUGACUCUCUUUAUUACAAUGGGCUGGUGAUGGGCAAUCAAGAGUUAACCAGAUUUGGAUUGCACAUGAAUAAUAUCUAAUAAGCGUGAAAAAAAUCUUUCACUAAUUCUGGUUAAUCAUAAGUUUGAGCUAUGGGUAAUAAUAUCACUGUUGAUCUAUUUGAAGCUCUGGGGGGGGGGAUUCAAAAAGAGAUUGUGUACAAAUCAGGGCUUAAAGGAAAAAAAAACUUUCACUAAAAGCAGAAUCUAUAUUUUAAUGUAUCUGUUCCUGCGUUCCUCUGAUAUUAUUACCGUUCCAAAACUGUAUCAGGUGGAAGAAAUACGGUAAAUAACGUUAUUUUACAAACAAUAAUCUUUGCCUAUAAUUUGCAUAAUAAUAAUAAUAAAGUACAGCAUUUUCUUUACUCAAAAAGAAAAGGAUAAAAUAGAGAUCUAACUUUUAGCAAAUAACACGCUAUGCCUAUACAGCAUCAUCUUUUCUUGAUUUUGGCCAAAUGUAAGCUACCAAAAACAUCUAUCAACACUUUAAAGACAUCAAAGUAUUUUUAUGACAUUUAAAAAUGUUUGUUGCAUUGUAAAACAAAAACUUGAAAGAAAAAAAGACUGCCUUUUGAGAGUAAAAAAAAAAAGAUCUUAAGUUGCAGCUCACGUCGCAUUUUAUUAACCCUAUUACUUUCCGAAAUAAUGAAGGCUAAAAUGCCUGUAGUCUAAAGCUAAAUGUUUACAAACAUUAUUAAAACGGUUAUUAGUUUUUCUCCAGAACAAAUCCUCUAAAGUUUAGGCUAUAAAAACCUCAAUACAAAAAUAAAUUAAUUUAAGGUGAAGCGGCCUACAUUUUCCAUUCAGUACAAACCCAAAUGUUUCAAUGUUCCCGACGUACCUGGAUGCUAAAAUAUUAUUUUAUAUAUGUGUGUGUGUGUGUGUGUGUGUGUGUGUGUGUGUGUUUGUACUCUCAUUGACCUAAAACAUCAUCCUUCACAUCGGCUUUAUCAGCACAGUGAGGCGCGGUCACGCUGAACACAACAUUUUGUACAACGGAGCAGUGUAACUUUUUUUAUUUGUUUCUUUAACUCCAUUUUAUUUUGGUCAUGACUACAGACUUUAAUAUAGCAAAAUUAUGUUGUGUCGGUGUGAUGGUCAUAUCAAAGCUGCUUGGUUAUACAAAAGCAAGACAUUACUCAAAGCUGUCAAGCUUUUGCAAAAUUAAGAAAACUACUCUCUGCCGUUUCGUUUUUCUUUCAGAAAACUUUGGAACUUGUCACAAUGAACCAUAAUUUAGCACAUUGUUUCCUUUCGUUAAUCUGUCAAUAUGAUUUAAGUGAAAUAUAUUUGGUGUAUAUGCCUUUAUUCCUUUUUAUGUAAGCCUAUAGUUUUUCGUCUUUCUCCAUUCACAGAAGCGCUGCAGAUGCGUUUGAACUGUUGAAUUCAUCUCACACUAUCCUCAGAUAAACUCUAAGGGUGACUUGCCUAUGAUGAGUUCGCAGCUGAGCGACAUUAAACUCGUUGGCUUCAGCAUUACAUUUGUAUAUGCUGUACUAUUGGAAUUUGUGAUUGGUUGACUGCAAAUUUAAAAUAUUAAAUGGAAUGAUGAAAUAACAUUAUUAACCGGUUAAUGGCCAUUUCAAAUUUUCGAUUCUGUUUGGAACUUAAAAAAUGUAUUUCAAUUUUGUUUGUCGGGUUCUGUUCCUGUCAAAAUUUCUUUCGUUUUCAUUGAGAGCCCUGGUACAAAUGCACAACAUAUUUAAGCCAACUGGAGGAAGUUCUUAAAUCAAUUAUGCUUCAUAUUUGUAAUAUUUAGCACUUUAUGCAUUUUUUUUCUUGUAAUAGGAUUAAUGCAUUUACACCUAAUGAGACGUUACACAAACUAGUGUUAAAGAAUUAGUUCACCCAAAAAUUUAAUUCUGUCAUUAUUUACUCACCCUCAUGUCGUUCCAAACCUGUAAGACCUUAAUUCAUCUUCAAACACAAAUUAAGAUAUUUUUUAUGAAUUCUGAGAGCUCCCGUAGACCGCAAGGUUCCUAACAUGAUCAAGGCUCAGAAAUAUAGCAACAAAUAAAUAAAAAAAUGACUUCAUUCAACAAUUCAUCUCCUCUGCAUAACCCUAUAGCGCCAUUUUGGAGAAUAUCACAUACGUAAACAAUGUAUGCUGUUCUGUGUAAGCAGCACUGUAUGUGAAUAUUGUUUACAUUGUUUAUGCUUUGAUCUGAAUAAAAACAACAUUCGCAUACAUGCGUUGCAUACAUUGUUUAACAUUCAGUGGAUACUCUCUACAACGGCACUACAGGGUAACACGGAGGAGACAACUUGUAGAAUGAAGUCGUUAUUUUUGUUUUAUUUGUGCACAAAAUCUAUUCUCAUAGCUUUCUAAAACUACGGUUGAACCACUGAUGUCACAUGGAUUUUUUAACCGUGUCCUUACUAUGUUUCUGAGCCUUGAUCGUGUAAGGAUUCUUGUGUCAGAGCGCUCGGAAUGCAUCAAAAAUGUUAAAUGUUUUCUCUGAAGAUGAACAAAGGUCUUCUGGACGAUAUGAGGGUGAGUAAUUAAUAACAGAAUGUUCAUUUUUGGCUGAACUAUCCCAUUAAAUGCAAUCUGCUAAUUUCGCACUAGGGGCAUUAAAGUAAAAAUCCAUGAAGAUACUCUUUUGAGUUCUAGUGGUGCCAUUUAUUUUCAUAACAGAGUUAACUAUCAGAAAUUCCCUUUCAUUUGACUGGUUGCCUC